AUGUCUGCGGAAAGAGGAAAACUGCAGAGGGCCUUGUGCCAGUACAAAAAAGAAACCCUCAUUGAUAUUGACACGCUAACAGAAUUCAAUGAGAGCCUCCCUGAAUGGAAAGAUGCAAGGAAGAAAGAGUUACAAAAGAUCAGGGACAUUAAAGACAGAGCUGAUGAAAUUGACUUGAGCAUCGGCCAUGUUAAACAGUCAGAGAACAAAGGCAAGGCUAUUGAGAAAUAUAUGAAGAGCAAGGUGACCCUCGUGACUGCAGACAGCAGGCGUAAACAGCUGGAGAAGGAGCUUGCUGCUGUGUCGAGGGUCACUCUGAGAGGCCUGGAGAAGCUCAACUGCUUCCUGGAUGCAGUGGAGGGGCUGGCGGUCACCUCGCUGCAUGUGUUUGAGGAGGAGAACCAGGUGUUACAUCUGCCCCAUGACAUCAGCUCUGGCACUGUUCAGGAUGUCAUCACUGCUGCUCGGCUGGUCUGCCCACUCAUCCUUGCCUUUAAAAGAGAUGCGAAGGCCUUCUUCCUUCCCAAACUUCAGAAUGUGGAAGUGCUGGCAAAUCAGUUGGACAAAUACAUCCAGACCACCCAGAAGAUCUGUGACAAGUUAGAGGAAAGCUCUUUCAGUGAGUUUUGCCUGAGGAUGAAUAUGGAAACUGUGGUAGAUCUUGAUUUGUCUGAAGAUGACAUACAAAGGAUGCUUCGUCACAUGAAUCAGCUUAAUGAAAUCAGGAUGGACCAACACUUCCGGAUGGUGUUCUUGUUCAAGGAGGAAUCAUGUCGUCGCUUCAUCAAAAAGUUUGAUAAACGACAGACCAGGAUGCUAAAGUCUCUGAAUGUCCUGGAAGAGAGUGCUGUUCAACUAGACAGGAUGAAUAAGGGGUCAAAGAUCUCCAGUGUGGCAGGAAGCUCGGUGGGGGUGAUUGCAGGUAUUUUUACCAUCGCUGGGGCGGCAUUAAGUCCUGUAACAGGUGGAGCGUCUCUCGCUCUGUCAAUGACUGGGCUGGGCCUGGGAGUUACCAGAGGAGUUAACAAGAUUAUCACCAAAGUCACAGAGAUUGGAGUCAACUGCACAAAUCAAAAGAAAGCCAAUGAAGCCCUCAAGAGCUUCAUGAAGGAUGUGAAGAGUAUCCAGGGGUGUCUGGGGGAGGUGUCCAGUCAAACAGUCACCGAAAGUAAGGAAGGUGUGGUUGUGGAAGUAGGCGAGGUGCUUCGGGAUGUGCGUGGUGUUGGAAAAAAGAUUCAUUCUGCUGUGAAAAUGUUGAAAACUAAAAAGCAGAUUGCAAAUGCUGGCAACGUGGUGGCCCAGGAAAACAUAGGGUUAGGUAACGUGUCCACAGUGGCGUCAGAUAUCUCAGAUGGAAGUCAAGAAAUAGUCAACGGGUCCCUUGAGGUCCCUAGUUCCAUCAUGCUCAGUUCUCUUUUCAUUGGUAUGGACAUCUUCACCAUCUGUAAAGACAGCGUCAGUCUGGCUAAAGGCCGCGAAACCGAAGUUUCACAGUUCAUCAGAGCCAGAGCUGCACUUUGGAGAUCAGAGAUGGACUCGUGGAAGAAAAUCCGUGACUCUUUGCAUCAGAGUCUGCUGACAUCAGAGGAAAAAUGAGCCAUCCUGGAGACGCCAUUUUAUCCACAGAGGUAGAUAGAAACACAAUGAAAUUCCCAUCUGAUCAAGUGGGUGAAAAACAAAUGAAAAAACAGUUUUGUGCAUGUAUGAGAAUUUAAUCCUGCAUACAGCAGAAAAUCACUGAACAUCCUCAUUUAAGUUUAUCUUUAGAGAUUAAGUUGUGAUUCUUAUGACUGUUAACCAAUUACAGUUUUCAAUGAUUACAUAACCAACAUGUUUUUUUUUCUUUAGUCUAUAUAUCAUAC